GGCGGUAAUGCACCUUUAGCUGAUUUGCCAACCGCCAUUAAAACAAAAAGAAGAAGAAGAAGAAGCAGAAGCAGACGAUUCUAAAAUGGCGACUUCCUUAGGUUCUAACACGUACAACAGACAGAAUUGGGAAGAUUCUGACUUCCCUAUUCUCUGUCAGACAUGUUUGGGAGAGAAUCCAUACAUCCGAAUGACCAAAGAAAAGUAUGGCAAAGAGUGCAAGAUCUGUGCACGUCCCUUUACCGUGUUCCGCUGGUGUCCUGGGGUCAGGAUGCGUUUUAAGAAGACAGAGGUGUGUCAGACCUGCAGUAAGAUGAAAAACGUUUGUCAGACCUGCCUGCUGGAUCUGGAGUACGGUUUACCCAUUCAAGUCAGAGACACAGGGCUGUCGGUUAAAGAUGACAUGCCAAGAUCGGAUGUGAACAAAGAGUACUACACCCAGAACAUGGAGAGAGAGAUUGCAAACUCUGAUGGCACACGGCCAGUCGGUGCACUGGGUAAAGCCCCCAGUGCCAGUGACAUGCUAUUGAAGCUCGCUCGCACCACUCCUUACUACAAGAGGAACAGACCUCACAUCUGCUCUUUCUGGGUGAAAGGAGAAUGCCGUAGGGGAGAGGAGUGCCCUUACAGGCAUGAGAAGCCCACUGAUCCAGAUGAUCCGCUGGCUGAUCAGAACAUUAAGGACCGCUACUAUGGCAUUAAUGACCCGGUGGCUAAUAAGCUGUUGAAGCGAGCCUCCACCAUGCCUAGGUUAGACCCACCUGAGGACAAGUCCAUCACCACACUCUACAUCGGAGGCCUAGCAGAUACUAUUACAGAUUCAGAACUCAGGAACCAUUUCUACCAGUUUGGGGAGAUCCGCACGAUCACCGUAGUGCAGAGGCAGCAGUGUGCCUUCAUCCAGUUUGCCACGCGUCAGGCUGCUGAGACGGCCGCUGAGAAAUCCUUCAACAAGCUCAUCAUUCAUGGCCAUCGUCUUAAUGUCAAAUGGGGCAGGUCCCAGGCAGCACGAGGAAAAGAUGGCGAAAAGGAAGGCGUGACUGAGAGUGGGAUCAGACUGGAGCCUGUGCCUGGCCUCCCAGGAGCAUUGCCUCCACCACCCGUCUCCACCGAUGACAUCUCGGCUAACUAUUUCAACUUGGCACCUAACACCGGCCCUGCAGUCAUGAAUUUAGGAAUCCCUCCUCCCCCUGGAGUAGCCAUGCCUCCACCCCCAGGUUUUGGCCCCCCUAUGUACCCCUCCAUGGAUCCUAUGGCCCCUCCUAUGCCACCUCCAAUGACCAUGAGGCCUCCAGGCCAGGUGCAUUAUCCUUCCCAGGAUCCUCUGCGUAUGGGUGCCCAUGCCAGUCGCCACGGAGGCUCCUAGAAUGGAAGGAAGCUAUCUCUCUAUGCUGAUGUGUAUAGCAGUGAAGAAGACUCUGCCGUUUUGCCAAUGCCCCCCAUUUCUGGAGUCGUUUUAUAUCAGUAACCUUUUAAGAACUUGGUGAACUUUUAGUAGUGUUCCUGCUAUUAUAGAAGUAAACAUCUAAACUAAUUAUAGGCAGAUUAAAAUGAUAGGACAUACCUCGUUUGUAAUGCUUUUAUAUUUGGAAUUUGAGGUUUCCAAAUGCAGAGAGGAUAGUGGUGUUUUUUUUGUUGUUUUUUUUAAAAGAAAGGUGGAGUAAUUCUUUUUUACAGCCCUGUGUAAAAAGCAAAAAUACACUUGCAGUGACCAAUAAAUACCACAUGAGGACAUUGCUGACCGUUCCUGUAGUCCCUGUUAGCAACCAAACCACCAGUGAUCAGUAUUGAGAACUGAUUUGUCAAAUAAAAGAAACACAAGACUUAUCAAAUAUA